AUGUUUUCCAUUGCCAAUCCCGAUGAAGUUCGUUGCAAAUGCACAAGAUGCAAUCGCAAUCCUCUUGGAUACACCAUGACAGAUAAAAGAACUGCCAAGCGUCAUGCCCAGAAUGAUAAUGACAGGAAUAUGGAUAAAACCAUUAAUGAACAAAUAGUUUUGACAGCCGAAGUAAACACUGGUGAAGCUGAUAUGGACGUAGAUCAAAUUGAAGAACAUAUUGAAAAUGAUAAUUACUCCAAUGGUGCACCCUCACCAGAGCAGUAUGUCAAUACCCACUUACCUCUUUUGGUGGAAGAAUCUCUUUUUGAAACAGAGGAGUAUACCUCAGAGUAUGAGUCUGAAUAUGAGUCGUCGGAUGAAUUUGAGCAAGAAGAACAGAACAGAGAGCAAGAACAGGAGUCUACAGAAAACCUUCCAGAGAAUAUUUGGCAUCGAGUAAUUGCGGUUUUCACUGUGAUAUUUAUUUCUAGCUUCAUUGUGGAUGAAGGCGCAGUAAUUUUGAUUACAUUCAUAAAUACAAUCCUCGAACAUUAUGGAGAGGAUUUCCGACUUCCCACAAGCAUUCCGGGUUUGAGGAAAAUGACAGGAUACAAUGACUUGACAAACGGCGUAUCAAAAUAUGUAGCAUGCAGUAAUUGUCACACAUUGUACGAUUACAGCAACAACACACAUACAUCCUGCAAUUUCAAAAGAGUUGGUAGUAAGACGCAUUGUAAGAAUGAUCUCUACAAGUCUAGUAUGAAGAACGCCAUGAUUCCAAAGUGCACAUUUGUUUAUAACUCGUUGACAACUACCUUGAAAAAAAUGUUUACACGUCCUUCUUUUGAGAGUAUGAUCAACAGAUGGAAUUGUGAACCAAAAGUCGACGGUACUUUAUUUGAUGUAUAUGAUGGAAAGAUGUGGAACGAAUUAGUGGAUAAGGAUGGUGUCCAGUUU